CGGGCCCGGGGCCGGGGUCGGGGUCGGGGUCGGGGCCCGGCCCCGGCCUGGAGGUGUCGGGGCGGCUGCAGGCCACCCUCACCAACUACCCGCUCUGGGCCAAGUUCUCCAAACACCAGACCGAGAUGAUCAUCACCAAGCAGGGCCGCCGGAUGUUCCCCUUCCUGAGCUUCAAUAUGACCGGCCUGGACCCCGCGGCCAUCUACAGCGUCUGCGUGGACAUCGUCCUCGUGGACCAGCACCACUGGCGCUACCAGAACGGGAAGUGGGUGCAGUGUGGCAAGGUGGAGGGCAACACGCCAGGGAAUCGCCUCUAUGUCCACCCCGACUCCCCCAACACGGGGGCCCACUGGAUGCGCCAAGAGCUGUCCUUCGGGAAGCUGAAGCUGACGAACAACAAAGGGGCCUCGAGCAACAUGUCCCAGAUGAUCGUGCUUCAGUCGCUGCACAAGUACCAGCCUCGGCUGCACGUGACGGAAAUGAAGGACGGAGAGGCGGAGACCCCCUGCCCCUCGCCCACCUCACACACCUUUUCCUUCAUCGAGACCCAGUUCAUCGCCGUGACCGCCUACCAGAAUGCUGAGAUCACGCAGCUCAAAAUCGACAACAAUCCCUUCGCCAAAGGUUUCCGGGAGAACUAUGAUGUGAUGUUCAGUGCUCCCGCCGAGGCCGACGCCCCCUCCCCGCCUGACGUCUCUGGCUGCCAGCUGAUGCCCGGGAGCCGCUUCCAGCCCUUCUUUCCCGAACAGUUCUCGGUGCCCCCCUCCAGCCGCUACUUCACCGAUCCCCCCCUGCGGCCGGUGAGCGGGCAGCCCAAGGAAGGGCCCCCCCACCGCUGGUUCUUCCCCCCGCCGGCGCCCGCCGGCCCCAUGGACUUCUCCACCUACGAAGCCGACUUCCCCAGCCCGAAGCUGCUGCCCUACAGCAUGAAGCCGUUCCUGCCCACCUCGACGCCGCCCUCCCUGCCUUUCUACCAGGACCCGCUGGGCGCCGGGGGAGGUUGGGCCAGCCUCCAGUACCCCCCGACGCCCACGCCGCCCACGCCCUGGUUUCGGCCCAUGCGGGCGGGCCCGCCGGCCCCGGGGGCGGAGGAGAAGGGGGUGGAGGGGGAGGGCUCGCCCCCUGUCUGGACUGAAAUCGCCUCCGUGGCCUCCGACUCGGCUGACUCGGGCCUGUACGAGCAGGAUGGCAAGCGGCGGCGUCUCUCCCCCUACGACUCCAGCACUGACGGUUCCCCGCCCUCCGGCCGCCCCGCCGAUGCCUUCGACAAAGAGGCGGACCCCGGCUACUUUGGUUACUACGGCAACUGACUGACCGGGUGGAGUGGGGAAGGAAGGCGCUGGUCCUGGACAGCAGGCGGACGAGGGCCUGAGGCCUGGCUCUGCCCUGGCCCGGCCUCGUCCUGGAGUGACUCUCAAUUCCCUCCUCCUUCUUUGAAGGGUUUUUAAGGGGGGAGGGCUGUAGUUUAUGACCCCCUCCCACCCGAGCUCCCUGCCCCAGGAGCUAGCAGGCCCCAGCACUGGGCCUUGGGGCUGGGACGCUAGCAGGGGGCUGGGUCUCUGUUCUUAAUUAAGAGGAAAAGAUAUUUAUUAGAUUGGGGCCCGGUGUCCUCCGAUUCCUCCACUUUCUUUAAAUAAAGGAUAAAAUCUCCAUCCCUCUGCUGUCAGGGGUGGGGAGGGGGAAGCAGUCCCCUGCUGCUAUCCCAGCCCCUCCCUCUACCCAAUCAUUUCCUGCUCAGUCAUGGUCCUACUAAGACCAGCAUUUAAGUAUUUGCCAGGGAGACAGAGACAAGCCCUGUCCCACCCG